UUUCAGAGCAUUGACGUACGUUUCCACCGUUUCCACCAACUGACUGAGCGGCUGAGCGAAGUACUCAGCUUCACAGUUCCUGUGGUUGUUCUGUCUACGAAUAAAAAAUGUCGACCGCUGAGCUGAAUCCAAGACCCGUCAGGGUGUCCCCGUUGAUUAAGUUCGGUCGAUGGAGCUUCCUCAUAGCUGGCAUUGCUUACGGAGUUGUCAACCAAAACAGAUUGAGCAAAAAGGAGACUGCCUGGCGCGAAGCUGAAGCCAAACGCAAGGUGAUCCGUGACAAACAAAUUGCUGCGGAGAAAAAGAUAGCAGCGGAACUCGAAUUGAAAAAUCUUGAAGCAAUGAUGAAGUAGAUCAACUUACUUCUACUAGUACUCUACACAUGUAAUCAAAUUCUAUAAUUGAAAGAAUGAAAAAUUGAAAAAACACUAUAUAAAGAGUACAUAUUCAAUUGCAAUGUUACACACCCAUGCAUAUUGUACAUAAUGUCUUGAAAACCAAACAGGUGAUUAAUAAAUGGAAGUAGGACAGAACUAAA